AUGAAUUUGAUAAAGAAAACAAAUAUAGGGCAAGGUGAUAUCAAGCAAGAUGGAACUAAUGUUUCUUGUGUCGAUGAUGAGCAUAGACUCGCAAAAUAUCUUCUAGAUAAUUAUGAUGCUGGUGUCAGACCGGCUAAAAAUUCAACACAACCGUUAGUAGUCAUUUUUGGACUUUCUCUUCAUCAUAUCAUUGAUGUGGACGAAAAGAAUCAAAUUUUAACAACAAAUUGUUGGGUAACUCAGACUUGGACAGAUUAUCAUUUGCAAUGGAAUACAUCAGAAUUUGCAGGAAUACAAGUGAUUCGGGUUCCUUACAAUCGUGUUUGGAGACCUGACAUUAUUCUUUACAAUAAGUUAACCAGUUGUGCGGAUCCUCAAUAUAGCUCAGCGGUUAUAAAUACAAAUGUUAUAAUAAGUCAUACAGGACAAGUUGUAUGGUUGAGUCAUGGAAUUUUUCGAAGUAGCUGUAACAUUGACGUAGAAUUUUUCCCCUUUGACGAACAGAAAUGUCUUUUAAAAUGGGCAUCUUGGACUUACGAUGGUUAUCAGUUAGAAAGCCAAAGUGAACAAGGUGACAUUAGCAAUUAUCAAGCUAAUGGAGAAUUUGAUCUAGUAAAUUUCACAGCUCAACGAAAUAUAGAAUUUUAUUCCUGUUGUCCAGAACCAUAUCCAGAUAUUACAUAUGCAAUACGUUUAAGACGUCGACCUAUGUUUUAUGUAUUCAAUCUCAUCUUACCAUGUAUAUUGAUAAAUGGAAUCGCUCUUUUAGUAUUUUAUGUCCCCUCCGAAUCAGGUGAAAAAGUGACCUUAGGAAUUUCAGCAUUAUUAUCGAUGACAGUUUUCCUUAUGACUAUUAGAGAAACGCUUCCACCUACUGAAAAAACACCUUUAAUAAGUCUUUACUAUGGUGUUAGCAUUUGCUUAGUAUCCUUUGCAAGUGGAUUAGCUGUUGUAACAUUGAAUUUCCACCAUCGUGGUUUGCGUGGUUCAAAAGUAUCACCACUGGUUAAAUCAUUAGUUCUUGAAAAAUUAGCUAGAUUAGUUUUUCUUAAAUUUUCUGAGAAUCAAAAUAAUACGCAUUUGAACGAAUAUGAAGAUUCAACAGAUAUAACGUUAGAACAAAAUACAUGUCCUCUGCAUUACCCAACGCUUGGUCAACGAUCAACGAAAUUAAAUACUAGAUGUGAAAGCCACGAUAGCAGUACUAGUUUAGAUUCAACAAGAGAAGAAAAUGUUGAAGAGUAUUGGUCAAAAAUUUUACGUAAAGUUCACUCAACAAUUGAAAAAAAUGAACGGCGACUAAGUGAUCAAGAUCAACGAGAACAAACAGAACUGGAGUGGAAACAAAUAGCUCUCGUUAGCGAUCGUGUAUUGCUGUGUAUUUUUUUUUUGACGACUGCUAUUAGUACAGCAGUUAUACUUUCUGGUUCACCACCAACUGAGGAGACGAUAAAAGGUUGA